UGUGUGCUUCUGAGCUUGUUUUUGCCAGUUUUGUGAAGUUUUUAAGGGAAACUCUCUUUGCUUGUUUGUGAAGAGACCUGGUUUUAUUCUAGUUUUAUUGAAUUUUUAGAUUAGCAAAAAAGGACUGUAGUUUCUUACGUGUUGAAAAUCUCUAAAUCUGUGAAAAUGAAGGAAGAAAUUGCAGCCACAGUUUUCUUUGUGGCAAGGCUGGCGAAGAAACAUGGAAAACUGGACCGCUUGCACAGGGAGAAGUUUGCUGUCGCUUUUACGUCAGUUCUGUUUGAGAGCUAUAAAAGCCACUGGUACCCUGAGAACCCGUGCAAAGGACAGGCUUUUCGGUGUCUGAGGAUGAACAAGUCUCAAGUGAGGGAUCCCACAGUUGCUCGUGCUUGCAGACAGAGUGGUGUUGAUUAUGAGGACCUGGGUUUGCCAAAAGAGAUCACCAUUUGGGUGGACCCAGGAGAAGUGUCCUGCAGGUAUGGUGAGAAGACCACACCGUUUUGUGUGACACUGUUGGAUGGGGAGAAGGGGGAUAGCGACUUCUCACGCAGGAUAAACAAUGCUGUGGAGCGGGCUUCUUCGGAUUACUACUCUGGCACGUCCUCAGACGAGGAGAGCUCCAACAGCAGCAUGACCAGCAGUAGCAGCAGCAGUACUCUCUCAGCUCCUGAGCCGAAGUGCAUCCCCACUGUGUCCAACCCCAAUAGUGUCUACCAGUUCAGUGAGUUUGGCCCACCUGCCCCUAUGCAGUCCUGGGCUCCCUAUUCGAAAAGGAAGCCCUAUGCUGGGGAUGGCUAUCAACAGCAUUCAAGUGGCCCGUACCCUCCACACAACGGCUUCAAAAAUUACAGGCCCACUUAUGCCUUCUCUGGUCCACGAGUGGACAAAUACCACUGGGUCAGCAAGAACCGCUCAUAGAAAAAGCUCCUGUCUGUUUGUUUAACCGCUUGAUUUAAGUGUAAGUUAUUUAUGAAACUAUUUCAGUGCCUUCCAGGCAUUUUAAGAUUCAUUAUUUUAAUAAAUGUAUGUAUUAAAAUAAAAUGGAGAAAAUGGUCUAAAUAAAAAUCAUUUUUAAAAA